CCUUUUUCUUUGCUAAUUUUAAUACAAUUUUAAAAUAAAACUUUCAUUUUCUCUACAUAAUUUAUAUAUUAAUUGUAAGGGAUUUGCAAAAGCUAACUCUCCAAUUGGUGACUUGAGUGUUCUUUUGCAAUUCAGGAAGCUUCAUAUAUCUAGGCUUCUGAUCUUCAAACAUCAAAAAAAAAAAAACAUAAUGGCUUCUUCUCUCAUGGUUCUUCACAAGUUUACUCUUCUCUUCCUCCUUGCUUCAACUGCAUUUCUUUCACCAUCUUUUGCAGGUAGACGAUUCAAGUUUAUGAAUAAGUUGGCGAACCAAGUGGACAUGUCUUUUUAUGAGGAAGUAAGCAAACCAUCAAAGCAGGUGGAUGAAGCAAGCAUGAUCCACGAAAGGCUUCUGCGAGCAAACACAAAAGACUAUGGAAACUAUGAUCCUGCACCAGCUCUUGGUAAACCUCCUUUCAAGCUCAUACCAAACUGAAGGGUUUUAGUCAUGAAGGGGUGAGUGAGAGUCCAAGCACUGGCUGGCUAGAUAUAUAUAUUAUUAAAUAAAAGAUGAUAUAUAGAGCUUUCUACUAUAAUACAUACGUAAAGUUUUGAAGUCUAAAGAUAUGUUUUAUAUAUAUAGUUUCGUCAGGAGACAGUAUGGCUGUAUGUCUAAAUUAUAUGUAAUUAACUACGUACAUACGUAUAUGCAAAAUAAUAAAUAUUGUCUGUUUAUGUCUUUAC